UUACAGGUUACAGGUUUCACCCCUGAGCCAAACGUGAGCCCGCUACACUGACAACAACAAGCUCAUCGCCAACCCGCUACUGAAGCAGCAGCCUACCAGCAAUGGCGUUGCCGCUGCUCAAGUCGUCCCCCCACUUCUCUGCUCUUCACUCCGCGAACAGAGCCCAGCUCCAUGGCCGCUGCCGUGCAACGCUCGGUGGAUUCCAUGACCCGAGGUCCAACUCCAGCCGUUGCAAGAAAUCGGCCGGGAGGGGUUCAGUGAAGGCGAACGCGUCCCCGUUGGACGUGGUGACGCUGAUGGUGACGAUGGUGGAGCACGUCGACCUGCAGAGGGACUACGUCGUGCACAAGUCGAUCUGGCAUCUCAGCGACGCCGCCCUCAAGAGCGUCUAUACCUUCUACGCCUUCUUCACAGUCUGGGGCAUCUGCUUCUUUGCGUCCAUGAAGGAUCCUUUCUACGACAGUGAGGCGUACAGGGGACAAGGGGGUGACGGCACCGUGCACUGGUACUAUGACCGGCAAGAGGACCUGGAGGCGUCUGCAAGAGAGGAGCUCCUGAGGGAGGAGCUACUCGAGGAGAUCGAGCAGAGGGUCGGAGGGCUCAGAGAACUCGAGGAAGCAGCCAAGGAGGAGCAGCUUACAAACUGAUGGAUGAAUGAGAGAUUGCGCAUGGAUGGAUGACUGCAUGAUCAUGGCGCGAUGCGGCUGCAUUCUGUAAUACCGUACAGAGCGGCUGUGUAAUAGCAAGAUACACAGUUGCCUGAUAGCGCCUGUAAAUGUUGGCAUCAGACUCAAAAGGAAAGCAAAUAGGUGCUCCGUCUGCAUGAAUGCAUUAUAUUGCAUUUGUAGUGUAGGCUAAAAGAAGGAAUGUACUACUCCAUGUUAAUCAAAGAACCUGUACCGUUCACCAUGGUGGAUAUUGCUUCCAAAAUAUAUAAAUUGUGUAAAUCGACUGAUAUA